AAAUAUCCUCCACUCGUCGAAUUCUCCCCAAUCCUCUCCCAUUUCCCCCUUAUUCUAACCCUUCGCCUUUUCCUCUCCUCCUCCGCCCCUACCUACGCCUCCAAGCUCUCAUAAGCAGCAGAGCAAAUGGCUUCUGCUUCAGUAACAGCCGUUGUUUCCCUCCCUUCGACCAAAUCCUCCUCCCUUAUUCCCUCCACUCGAGCUGCAAUCAGUCCGUGCGAAAGAAUCCACUUUUACAAGACAAGACCACAACUUUCAUCUUCUCAAAGCAGUGGAAGGCUGGUGGCUAUAAGAGCCCAAGUCACCACCGAAGCUCCGGCGAAGGUCGAGAAGGUCUCGAAGAAAGAUGAGGAGGGAGUCAUCACCAACAAGUUCAAGCCCAAGACACCCUACACUGGCCGAUGUCUCCUCAACACCAGGAUCACCGGAGAUGAUGCUCCUGGAGAAACCUGGCACAUGGUUUUCAGUACCGAAGGUGAGAUUCCUUAUAGAGAGGGGCAGUCAGUUGGUGUGAUCGCAGAAGGAGUUGAUAAGAAUGGGAAGCCUCAUAAACUGAGGCUGUAUUCUAUUGCUAGUAGUGCUAUUGGUGAUUUUGGUGAUUCCAAAACAGUUUCUUUGUGUGUGAAGAGGUUAGUUUACACCAACGAUCAAGGGGAGAUAGUUAAAGGAGUGUGCUCUAAUUUCUUGUGUGACUUGAAGCCUGGGGAUGAAGUUAAGCUCACUGGUCCAGUUGGUAAAGAGAUGCUGAUGCCUAAGGAUCCCAAUGCAACUGUUAUAAUGCUUGGAACAGGAACCGGAAUCGCUCCUUUCCGUGGUUUCUUGUGGAAAAUGUUCUUUGAGAAGCAUGAAAAUUACAAGUUCAAUGGCUUGGCAUGGCUAUUCUUGGGAGUUCCUACUAGCAGCUCUUUGCUCUACAAAGAGGAGUUUGAGAAGAUGAAAGAAAAGGCUCCUGAUAAUUUCAGACUUGACUUCGCUGUGAGCAGAGAGCAAACUAAUGACAAGGGAGAAAAGAUGUACAUCCAAACUCGCAUGGCUGAAUAUGCAGAGGAACUGUGGAACCUUCUCAAGAAUGAUAACACCUUUGUUUAUAUGUGUGGAUUGAAAGGCAUGGAGAAGGGUAUUGAUGAUAUCAUGACAGAUUUGGCUGCUAAAGAAGGUAUUGAUUGGACUGAAUUCAAAAGACAGCUAAAGAGGAGCGAGCAGUGGAAUGUUGAGGUGUAUUAAUUGCUUGCUUCUUGUCCUCUUCAAAUGGAAGUUUGCGUAUGUAGAUAGGUAACCUAUUCUGUGUAUUUUGGUAUCAAAUUGAUUUGUUGCAAGGCAGUUUAUACUAUUGUUAUCCUUUAAGUUUUAUAGCAAUUGAGAUGAAAUAAUGUAACGUGGCCAUGAUCAGUACCUUGCAACUCUGAACUAAAUUUCAGCACCCCAUUUUUCUGCAAAUAGUAAUGUUCAACUUUUAGUUUUGGGGUGAAGGAUGCAAAGAGGUGAUUUCUUUUC